AUGGGAUUAAUAUCAUACUAUUGUCUUAUUGUUGUUGUCUUUAUAGGUCUGAUUAUUUAUGAUUUAUUGUUUUACACUACUUAUACAUAUGACAUUUGCCCACCUAUUGAAUAUACAAGUGCACGUUUACUUUUUUAUGAUCCUGAUUAAUCAUUAGAAUAAAUCAAUUAUUUGGUAGCAUCAUAAACUACAACUGAUAACACUACUACUACAGAUAAUACUACUACUACAGAUAAUACUACUACAACUGAUAAUACUACAACCGCUGAUUCAAAUGUGAGUGAUACUUCUAUGGCAAAUUCAUUAGUAAUCUAAUUAAAAUAAGAAAGGUUACACUCCCAUUUAUAAUUAUAUUACUUUAUUGUGGUGUGAUAGGUUUAAUUUUCUUAGCUAUGCUUGGUAUUUAUUGUUUUGGUAAAAUGCCAAGUGAAAAAUUUGGAAAUUUAAGUAUUUUUAUAUAAUUUAUUCUGAAGAUAUGUGUUGGGCUUGUUUAGGUAUUUACGUAAGAAAUUUUGCCGUCUUGACUAGGCUUCUCUCUUGGGUUGGUUUAUUAUUAAUGGCAAUUUAAGCUAUCAUUACAAUUACAAAUGAAGAAUGUUAAACUGCCAUACACGAAUACAAAUAAAAUAAAAAAAUUUAUUAUGUGGUAAUUCUAAACUUAUUUUAAGGAAGGAGCUAUGUAUGAUUCUUCAAUUUUAUUAAUAAUUGUUAAUUUAUGUUUUUGGGGGGCAACACACUGUCUUUUACCAUCUUUAAAGCUUCUAAUAGACUCAGAAUCUUUUCUAUAUGAACCAUUUGAUAGAAGCAAAGGUUUGGCAUAUUGGUUUUGUUGUAUAAUGCUAGGACCUUGA